AUGAGAGACUCGGCGACGUCGACGCGCGCGCACUGGGCGAGCCCAGAGAUUCGAAGAUUUCGACGCCUGGACGCCGAGACGCGCGCGUCGGAGGCGAGCGAACCCGCGGUGGUGUUCGUCGGAUCGAGCAUCUUCCGCGAGUGGCGCGAGGUGCGAGAUUUCGAGGAGGAUUGGCGAGGGCGGAUGGGCGACGCGCGGCGCGCGGUCAACAGAGCCUUCGGCGGCGCGGAGACGACGGAUUUGUUGACGUUUUUCGACGACGUCCUGCCGAGGGGGCGCGCGGACGUGAGGGCGAUCGUGUAUUACUGUGGCUCGAACGACGUGAGCGUCGGGAGGUCGGCGCGGGAGGUGUUUGAAAAUUUUAAGCGAUUCGCGGAGUCGGCGAGACGCGAACGAUCGGCGAGACUGGGCGUCGUCUUCGUCGGAAUGAUCGACUCGCCGCAGAAGAGGGCGUUUGCGUUGAGUCACGUGGUGCGCGAGACGAACGCGUUGUGUGAGGCGUGGUGUGCGAAAACGCCGGGGGCGGUGUACGCGGACGUGACGGAAACGUUCGCGGACGCGUCGUCGUUUCGAGAAGACGGCACGCAUUUGCGACCCGAGGCGUACGACGGCUUUCGCGACGCCAUCGCGAGGGCGGUCGUCGAAGCCGUGGCGCACGCGUCGCCGCCGCCGGACGACGCGUUUCUCCCACCCGCGAUGCGGCGAUAG